UGCGUUGCGGGCUGAGAAAAACCGACGAAAGCCGAAUUGAGGCGAACGAAAACGAACCCUUACAUCUUGCGAUCGCAAUUGUCUCGAAUAUCCCAACCGCGGUGAAUGGGUGUGAUCGUCGUUGAAUAACAGAUAAGUUUUAGCGUCUUGUUAAUCACAAAACGACACGAUUGAUGCGCAUCAAUUAAUGCACACGCAGCAUAAAUAACGAAAAAAAAUCAUACUACUUUUCAUAGCUUCGAACCCAGGAGAUUCUUUUUUAGGAAUCUUUUCAAAUUAGCGCCGCCUUGAGGACACAAUCUACGACUGCGCUCCCCGCCCCUUUUCCAUCGUUUGGUCAAGAAUUGCAACUUCAGCUGCCCGGUUUACUCGUUCCAUUCCAUUCAUUUCCUCAACUGCUUUGGUUUGAUUUCUGAACGUAAAUUCAUUUAAUUCAACGAUGGCUACUGCUCUGGGACGUGUAUUUGUGUACGGAGGAAAGGGGGCUCUUGGUUCAGUCUGUGUGAAUCAGUUUAAGACAAAAAAUUGGUGGGUUGGGUCAAUUGACAUGAAGGAGAAUGAUCAGGCUGAUGCCAAUAUCAUUGUCCCAAUAGAUGCCUCAUGGCAGGAGCAGGAGGAUCAAAUCCUUGCCCAGAUAAAGGAUAUUUUGAAAGGAGAAAAGUUGGAUGGUGUAGUCUGUGUGGCAGGUGGUUGGGCAGGUGGGAAUGCAGCGAGUAAAGAUUUUGUGAAGAACAGUGACUUGAUGUGGAAGCAGAGUGUUUGGAGUUCUGUAAUCGCCUCUAGUGUCGCUGCUCAUCAUCUAAAGGAAGGAGGCUUUCUAACUCUGACUGGUGCAAAGCCUGCUUUGACCGGAACACCAGGUAUGAUCGGGUAUGGAAUGGCUAAGGCUGCGGUUCAUCAGCUAACAAAAUCCUUGGCAUCAGAAGAAGGCGGUCUCCCAAAGGAUGCCCUGGUCGCGACAAUCCUGCCAAUUACUUUAGACACUCCAAUGAACCGAAAAUGGAUGCCUAAGGCAGAUACAUCCACCUGGACUCCUCUGGAAUUUGUUGCAGAACUUUUCGUGAAGUGGGGACAGAAUCAAGAGAGGCCAGAGAAUGGUAGUCUUCUUCAACUAGUGACAAAAGCGAACAAAACCGAAUUAAUCACGGCUUAAUUGCUUGAACAAACGUAAAAUGCAAACUCAUUUGAUAUUAAAGACCAGGUUAAUAGAUGGGAAUUGAGACAAGAUAAAAAUAUUUGUGCAUAUGUAAGUAAAAUAUCUGAACGUGGACCAGCCCUUGUGUAAUCUUUAAUCGUAAAACGAUGUUGAAAAGUCGUGCAAAUGAUAACUAGUUAUGUUUGAUAAUAUUCGAAUAUUUAUUGUGACUUUGUUGGAGUUGAUCUGUUGUAAUGAUUCCCCGAGCAUCUCAUUUUUAGACUCGAGGUCUCACAUUGUUCUGAUUAUGUAUAUCUACAGGAAAUGAAUGAAGUUAUAUAACAACA